UUCACUUUAUUUGAACCAGAAGCAACCUUAAACAUGUCAAUAGAUGUCACAGAACAUUGAGUUUAAGAAUGAUAAGACUCUUAACUACUAAAGGACAAUGCAACUUUCAUAUUUUUGCACUAGUGUUGGAACAUCCUGUUUGUCAUUCUUGUUUUCUGUCUAUACUCGUUCAUAAUGGUCAAAAGUGCACAUAAACCGCAAGUUUGUGUAUGUAUAUCAUCGUUAGUGAUUCUAAGUUGAGGCUAAUGCUGACUAGAACCAUUUAUUUUUUGUGUAAUGAACAAAGUCAAAAGGUGAAGUUAGGUUUGAACCCUUUUUCGUUGUUAUAUGGCAACUUCCUUGCCAUGAAUAUUUUAGAGUAUCGGUUGAAGCCAUGGCCUGUGAGAGAGAGUUCCAAAUUGGUGUCCUUCUGACAUUUGUCAUCAUCUGGACACCCAUGUUUGUCCUCACUUAUUGUCCAUUUCAGGACUUUCUAGACCACUCUGUCUCCACUCUCCAAUUCAACCAUAUAAAUGCAAUCACAAUCACAAUACAAUCACUUCAUCUCCUUCACCACCCUCUUUCCCACACAACUACUUUUGCUUCAACAAUGAUACAAUCAAACCCACCACUCAUGCACCAUUAUGGAGCACUUGUCAGAAACUCUGCAGAACCCAAACAGGCUAAAAGUUUUAAUCUUCAAAACCCUUCUGCAGUGGAUGCAUGUGACCUACCUCUUAUAGACCUUGGUGCUCUCAAAAGUUCUAAUGAGAGAGACAAAAAGGCUUGCACUGCAGCAAUAUGCAAGGCUGCAUCAGAAUGGGGAUUUUUCCAAGUGGUAAACCAUGGUAUAAGCCAUGACUUGCUCAGAAAAAUGAGGAAUGAACAAAUGAAGUUGUUUGAAGUACCCUUUGAGAAGAAGAUCACUUGCGGGCUUCUCAAUAACCCGUAUAGGUGGGGGACACCAACAGCUACACGUUCAAGUCAUUUCUCAUGGUCCGAAGCAUUCCACAUUCCUCUCACAAUGAUCUCAGAAGCUGCUUCCUGGGGUGAAUUCAGUUCUUUGAGAGAAGCAAUAAAUGAGUUUGCACCAGCGAUGCUAGAAGUGUCUAGGUUGUUGGCAAGCAUUCUAGCACAAAACUUGGGCUACCCAAAAGAUGCAGUUGAAAAACUGUGUGAUGCAGGCACAUGCUUUCUGCGAUUAAAUCACUAUCCAUGCUGCCCAAAAUCUAAAGAAGAAAUUUUUGGAUUAGUGCCUCAUACUGAUAGUGAUUUCAUUACAAUUCUUUAUCAAGAUCAGGUCGGUGGACUCCAACUCAUGAAAGAUUCCAAAUGGGUUGCUGUAAAACCAAACCCAGAUGCUCUGAUUGUUAACAUUGGAGACCUUUUUCAGGCUUGGAGUAACGAUGAGUACAGAAGCGUGGAGCACAAGGUUGUGGCCAAUGACAAAAUGGAAAGAUACUCCGUAGCAUACUUCCUAUGCCCUUUUAACAAUACUGUCAUAAACGGCUGCAAAGGACCUUCUGUAUAUAGAAAGUUCACUUUCGGAGAAUACAGACACCAAAUUCAAGAAGAUGUCAAGAAAAUAGGGCAUAAAAUUGGACUAUCAAGAUUUAAACUUUAAGAUGCCUACGUACUGAACUGGCACUGAUACUAUUUUGCAUAUGUAGUAGUAGAAAAAAGAGGCAGCUCUAAUAUUCUUUUUUUUACCUAAAUAAAGUUUCUGUUCCUAUGCAAUGUGUACGAAUAAAUAGAAAACGAGAUAUUCCCCAAAAAAGGUGGUGGGAGCUUGGAAGCACCAAACUAAAAAAAUGGUCCCUCAGUGGGGUUUUUGCCUUUCCCUUUUGAUAUCAUAAACUCUUGAACAAUAACACACUUUCUACCAAUUAG